AGUUGUAAGCAGAUUUGAUUCAGUGGAAUCGCUCACUACUUGAAAGUGUCCUCAUCUUGAUUUAGAAUAUUGUUUUAUCUUGCUCCCUUCUACUUCACUUUUUUGUAAUCCAGACCUCUGGGGUCAGGUUCUUGGCACUGCCUCCCUCCUUCAUGCUCUAACCCAUUCCCAGGGCCUGAUAUCACCUUUAGGCUGCCAACUCCUACAUGUUCCUAGCUCUGAUCUGUACUCUGUUCAUAUGCAUUUGUCCUGCUUCUGUACUUGACAUCUCUACUUGACUCAGUCAUUACAACUUAAUGUGUCCACGCUGACUCUGAAUUUACCCCCAAGCCUUUCACAUCCUCUGCAUUCCCAUGGCCACCUAUCUCACAUUGUUACUUAGUUCAAAAAAGCUAAGCUUUCCUUUAUUCCAUUUGCUCUCCCCAUGCCAGUCAACUCUGCUUUCAAAAUACAACCCCACAUCCGACCCCCUCUUAUCAUUUCACCCUUUUCUCUUGGUCCGAGCCACCUACCUCUCUAGCCUAACUAAGGCAGUACUUUCCUGGUGGGCCUCCUUGCUUCCUUCCCCACCCUUGAGUGUCUCCACAGAGACUGCCAUCAUUUAGCACUAGCUGUCAUCCCAACAUCUGUUUCAAAACAUCCCAAGGCUCUGUGUGACCCUCCACAGAGGCAGUGGCAUUGACUGCACUUGUCUGUUCUUUUAGUUUUCAAACACCCAGGUCUGACUUCAGUGUCAGAUUCUUUUCAGGUCUCAGCUCUACAAGUUCUUAUUAUAAUGUUAGGUGCUAGGGACUAAGUCUAGGGCCUUUGAACACACUGAGCAAGUGCUUAUAAUAAGGCCGAAUCCCCAACCCAAGUCCACUGAUGACUAAUGGUGGAGUUGACAGUAAAUGAACUAUUUGAGCCACCAUUUCCUUGAGUAGAACGAGAUAGUGUCAGAGCCAGUCCAAGACCCAGGGAAACACUGUUCACACCCUCCAGCCCAGUGUCUGCCAGAUGGCCUCUGGGCUCAGUGAGACCCUGUCUCCCUUGCUGAUUGUGGUGUCACAUGGCCUCUUUGCCCCACCCUUUCAUUACCUAUUGUCUGGGCCUGGACGCUCUUGCUUCUGUAGUUUAGCCUUAGUGUGGUGUGGAUGUGGGACAGGUAAGGCCAGACCCUGCCUUGGAAUAUUAUCCAGCACUGUUUCUUUCCAAGUCUGGGUGUCUCACCUGUAAUCUCAGGACUUGGGGACAGGCAGGAGGAUCAUAUGAGUACAAGGCUAGCCUCAGCUACAUAGUUUCAGGUUAGCCUUGUCUACAGUGUGAGACAGUGUCUUAAAAAUGAAACAAAGGCCAGGCGGUGGUGGCGCACGCCUUUAAUCCCAGCACUUGGGAGGCAGAGCCAGGCGGAUCUCUGUGAGUUCGAGGCCAGCCUGGGCUACCAAGUGAGUCCCAGGAAAGGCGCAAAGCUACACAGAGAAACCCUGUCUUGAAAAACCAAAAAAAAAAAAAAAAAAAAAAAAAAUGAGACAAAGAAGGGUUUACUGGUGCCUGUGGUGGGGGUGUGAUGACUCACGCCUUUAAUCCCAGCACUUGGGGGACAGAGACAGGCAGAUCCCUGAGUUAGAGGCCAGCCUGGUCUACAGAGUGAGUUUUAGGACAGCUGGGGCUACACAGAGAAACCCUGUCCCAGGGGGGAAAAAGUUUCUUUCUGUGGCAUACUAUCCGUCUAACUGCUGAAUCCAGAACCUGUCUGGAAAGCUUUUGUCCUUGCCUAGGGCCUCCCUCACACUCUUAAAAUUCCUCUCACACUGGCUGCCUCCCCAUUCCCUGGCAUAGCCUCGGUCUUACUACCUCGUUUCUUUACAGUGACUGCCAGAACCAUCUUUCUGAGAGAACCUGACCUAAACACAUUGUCUUCAUUUUUGGGUCCCAGUUCCUCAGGUCCUCAUCCCCCUUAGAAAUGCUAUUGUAUGUCUACACCUCCUUGUAGGUACAAAGAACCAGUCCUAUAAAAGGCCAUACUUGCUUGGAGCUGACAGUCAAGGGGCUCUUCAUGAUGUGGACCCCAGCCUGCUUUUUACAGUCUUCAACUCACUCCCAGCCCACCUCCAACCCCAGGCACUCAGCAGCGGGGUCUCUGCACCUCACAGAAACCCUCCGUGAAUAAUGCCUCCAUCCAGGUUCAAGGGGAAGAAGAAAGCAGGUACCUCCUUUGAGAGUCCACAAUGCCCCGCCCCUCGCCGCCCACUGUGAGAUCUGUAAAUCGAGGCCCCGUGCCUCUGUCCAAAGGCUCCUUAGCCCCUCCCCUGCCUUCGGGAUUGUGAGCUAAGAGCCAGGCUAAAAGGCUGGACCCGCAUCCAUGCACCCUCUCCUGGGCUGGGCCCUCCACCUCAACAUCAGCAGGAAAGAGUGCAGAGGGGGCCCCAGCCCCAUCUAGGAAUGUCUGAUCUCCAGGUGAGCAUUCCCCACUGACAUGGAGCAGGUGGGGCAAGAAAGAGGGACAGGGACAUCAGGCCAGUCAGCCCUUCGUCAUCCGACAGAAUUGGGUUUAACCGGGUUACCCGGACAACCCGCGCGGGAGGCUGGCGAGAGACCAGUGUUGUGACCUGUUCUCAAGAGACCAGGUCUCUGCAGGAGAUGGCCUCUGGCCUCCAGGGAAAGGGUGGCAGUGUGCGUGAUGAGGAACGACAAAAGACAUCACUGCUGGAGAGCACACCUUCACCCUCACCCGCCACUCACGGCGGCGCCUGGUGAGGGAACCCUCUUCGUCAUUCAUUCCUCUUUCUAGAAACCCAGUCAUGUGAGCUCUGCGAUUCCGGUGCUGCUGCGGGUGGUUCUUACACUCACUAUCAAUUUCUGUUCCUCAAUUUCUUCCCACCCCCUCUUCAAUUUCGUUCCCAAACAUCACAGGGCUGGCCCACAGUCACCUCUGGGUGAGCCCCAUCUCAGACCUCACGGACUUGAUCUCCAGUCACCCGGCUUUCGGGAGCCAGGACCUCGUAUUUUUAAUUCUCUUUGGCUACCACUCCCCUCCCCCCAUCCUUAGAGAUCCUGGUAAAUAUCACUAUGUUGGUGAAAUCCUCCCUGGCCCUUGCCCUUGCCCCAGACUUGGUCUUUGCAUCCUGGUAUACCCAGGGCAACUGGAACAUGCCCUAGUUACACAUAACACGUGUCUCUUCAAGCUCCUGAACAGUCCAUCGAGACCGUAUCUUCCGAGGGUGGCACAUGGGUCUUGUUUUAUUUACCAAAUACACAAAGCGUGGCACAGGGAAGCAUUGGAGAGAGUGAAAAUGAGUAAACAAUAAGGAUUGGGCUGAAGGGGCUGUGGGAGCUUCAUCAAAAAUGAAGUCUAGCGAGAGGACCUAAGUGGUGUAUUAUAUUAACUAACAUUGAGCACUUUUAUUGUCAGGCCUCAUGCUUGACACAGGGGAACCCUGUCUGCAUUCAAGUUGCGUCCCCUGUAAGAAAAAAGGAAGACAAGGUCAGCGCAUCUUGAGCCAUGAGCAGACCAUUUCUCAGAUGACUGAACUUUCCUGGAAGGAUGUUAUUAAUGCCUUGUCUCUGGCCAACAUGGUCCUGGGGCUCUUUUCCAUCUUCUGCAGCUUCAGCAGGAAACCCCACUGUGCUUCUUGGAUGCUGCUGAUCAGCUUCCUGUUAGACAUGGCAAUAGGGACGAUGACCAGACACCUCAACAUCUGCCACAAAUUGGCAGGACUUGAGCUGAAUGAUUUUGCUGUCUUCACCACCUUUGGCCUGGCUUCGGCUCUGCUGCUCGGUGUGGAAGGGCCUCUGAAUGGGUUCCUGGCCGUCAUCUAUGUCUUAACCACGUCUUUCCGCCUGUGUUUCUAUUCAACUGGAGGUCCCUCUGCAUACAAAGGUCUACCCUGCCCCUACGCUUCCUGUGUUUUGGCCUCCACCUGCCUUCUGACUAAGGGCAACACGUUUAUCCUCUGCUGCAUGGCUUCACUCAUGAUUCUGUUCAUGAUCGACCAGAGUUGCUACCCACACGAUGAGAUCCUGGAGUCAGAGAACUGGAAAAAAGUGGUUUAUAUGGGAGGUGUUAUCAUGCUGUUCCUCUCCCCAUUCUCACUCACCGCCUUUUACUGCCUCAUCUGGUCGCUCUCCUACAUCUUCUUCCCAGAUGCACUGUGGGGCAGGGGAAUUUGUAUUAAGCUCUAGCAAGGAGGAAACCACAGCUUCACCACUCCUGCUGGCUCUGUGGGCUCUGCACUUAGCAUGCUGGAUCAAGACCUGCCUCAUCCUCACUAAAGCUUUCCUGGCACCUGUGUUCUCAUAUGCUAUCUCUUGUCUUGAAUCACAGCGACCCACAGUGCGCCCAGAAGCCUUUGCUUUUUUCUCCUUAUUCAGGGUGCAGACUACCUUUUGGGAAAUACUUGAAACAGGUUUUUUUGUUUGCUUUUUGUUUUUUUGAGACAGGUUUCUCUGUGUUGCCCAGGCUGUCCUGGAACUCACUCUGUAGGCUGGCCUUGAACUCAGAGAUCUGCCUGUCUCUGCCUCUUGAGUGCUGGGAUUAAAGGUGUGCACCACCACCACCCAUUCUGGGUAAUACUUGAAUCAGUUAUGUAGGAUAAACUUUUGUUUCCAAGCUAAGUUUGGGCUGAGUUUGAGUUUCAGCUCAGGAUUAGGAGUUCCAGGCCAGCCUUGGAUACAUGAGAUGUUAUCUCAAAAAAUUGACUAGCAGCCCAAAUGCAUCACCUGGUGUAUUAGUCAGGGUUCUCUAUAGGAACAGAACAGAUAGAAUGAAUCUGUCUCUGUCGGUUUGUUUAUCUAUCUAUCUAUCUAUCUAUCUAUCUAUCUAUCUAUCUAUCUAUGUGUAAAGGGGAUUUAUUAGAGUGGCUUAUAGACUGUGAUCCAGUUAGUCCAACAAUGGCUGUCUACCAACAGAAAUACCAAGAAUCCAGUAGUUGUUCAGUCUAUGAAGCUGGACGUCUCAGCUGGUCUUCAGUAUAUGACAUAAUCCUAAAGAAGUAGGCUCUAAUGCCAGUGAAGGAAUGGACUUGCUAGCGAGGGCAAGCAGGCAAAGAACAGAAGCUUCCUUCUCCCAUGUGCUUUACUUCUAUAGGCUGCCACCAGGUGUGGCCCAAAUUAAAGGUGGAGCUUCCCACCUCAAAAAAUCCUGAUUAAAGGUGGGUCUUCUAUCUUUAAAUUAAGAAAAUUCCACCAGGCAUGGUGGCACAUGCUUUUUUUUUUUUUUUUUUUUUUUUUGGUUUUUCAAGACAGGGUUUCUCUGUGUAAUUUUGGUACCUGUCCUGGAUCUCGCUCUGCCUCGAACCAGGCAGACUUCGAACUCACAGAGAUCUGCCUGGCUCUGCCUCCCACCUUUAGUCCCAGCACUCGGGAGGCAGAGCCAGGUGGAUCUCUGUGAGUUCGAGGCCAGCCUGGUCUACAUAGAGAAUUCCAGGAUAGCCAGUACUACAAAGAGAGAACCUGUCUGAAAAAGAAGAAGGAAAAAAAAGAAAAAGAAAAAUCCCUCACAGGUGUACCUGCUUGGGUUUAGUUAGUUCCAGAUGUAUCUGACAACCAAGACUAGCCAUCACAUCUGGCUUCCAGGGAUCCCAUUCUGUGUGUAUCUUUUCUAAGUUCUCAAACACUAAACUCUACUCAGAUGUCACUUUGUCUUGUGAAACUACAAAUCAGAUGGAAAUACUGUAUGCUCUUAUAUCGUAUCUAAAGCUGCACCUUAAGGAGAAUAACCAGGGAGCCCAGCUUCACUCUGGAUUCUGUCUUCAGCUGGAACAUCCAAAGGACUGCUGGCUAAUUCUGCCUCUUCCCACACGGUGGCGCCUGAGCUCCUCUACAACGUGUCUGCCAUUGGCGUCUUAAGAGUAGCAUAUAUGUGGUCAAUUUGCCUCAAAUCUAAAACUAGAUUUAAAAAAAAACAACUUGCAAAUUAAGGAACAAAGGAAAAUGCCAACAUCAUUACAGCUCUAGGUUAGAGGCUGGGAGCACCCUCUCUCCCAGGCUCUCUUCCCCAGUGCUCAUUUCAUCUCUUCUGCGGUCACUGUUAGACGGAGCUGUUAUGUUCUGCUAGAACAUUAUUGCCUUUCAUUUAUGCUUAUUUCUACUACCUGCCAAGGUGCCCAGCACUAAAAAAAAAAAAAAAAAAAAAAAAAAAAAUGUUUACUUUGCAGAUUUCCCUGUGGAUUCUGAGAUGUUAUAAAGAAGGUUAUUAUAGAAACAGUACAUCCACUUGGGGUCUUCCAUGCUGAACACUCAUGUCAGUGUGAGUCUACACUCACCCAAACACUCACAACUACUGUCACAUGAGCUCUUAGGGACCAACAGCUAGCAUGGCGCCUCCAUAGAGUAGGUGUGAGGAAACAAUGCUUGCGUUAUUCUCAACCAAUUCAAUUCUGUUCAAAAACCUGAUAUUUGAGAUUAGUCAAUGGUGCCCUCACACUACUUCCGAGUUUUAACCAAAUGAUUUCUGGCUGUUUCUAUGUUCAAAACAAACAAACAAACCCUCAAACAAGCACGCCUCUAGAAUCGUGUCCGUUUUAAGUGGCAGGAGCAGAGUUAAGAAGGCGGCUUUGACAACUGAACUACUCAGCAACUGUAGCAGUAGUAACUCUCACUCUAUUGGUUUGCUUCUGCCCCUUGGCUAGUGACAUGGGGCAGUGCCAGGGCACCUGAGAGUUCCUUGCAGAGUCUGGCUGUCUCUCAGCAGGCUGGGCUCAUCUGCCAGCUCACCUCAGCACCUUUAUUUCCUAGAAAGCAGUUUUUCUGACAUGCUUCCUGGGCUUCCACGUAAGCACAAAGGUAAAGGAUGAUGUGAGAGCUCAUUCAGCACUCGGAUGAAGUCAGGGAGGGAGUCUAGGCGGGUUUCUGGUCUAAACCCGGGGGGUGGGGGUGGAGAUUGCUUUCUCAAAGCAAUGCUCCAUGUCUGAGUGGAAGCCUGUGACAGAACCCUAUUGCUUUUGUAGGUCUGGCCCUGAGUGAAAUGUUUAAUCUCAAAGUCCAUUUCCCCAUUUCUAACCUGAAGAUUUACUUUCCCCUGGGAGGUCAAACAUACAAGCUAGGGCAGGUCCAACUGGGUUUUCCUGAAGUGUGAACUGAGUGUGCCUGUCAUUUCAAGAAAAAGUUCUGUGGGGAGAGGGGUGUGUUUUGGGAGGCGGGAGAGACAGCUCCGCAGUUACGAACACUGCCUGCUUUUGCAGAGGACUUAGAUUUUGUUUCCAGCAUCAACAUGUUAGUGCACAAUUAGCUGUGACCCCAGUUUCAGGAAUCCCAUGCCCUCUUCUGGCCUCUGUGGGCACAUACAUACAUGCAAACAAAUACUCGGAAUACAUGGUUUAAAAUGUGGGCUUUCAUAUGAAAACUGGAAUUUUGGAAAACUCGGAUGUCAUGAAAUAGAAUAUGUAACUAUGUAAGGAUGUGUUGCAUUUGUUUAUGCUGCAGUUGCUUAACUGUGUGGGGAUGUGUUACUGUUUUACCUUGCCUGCCUGGAGCACCUGAUUGGUCUAGUGGAGGGCUAGAUGGCUGGUGACUGGGCAGAACAGGAUAGGCGGGGCUGGCGGGCAGAGAGAAAAGGGAAGCCAGCCAGCCAGCUGCCAGCCAGCCAGGUGCAGAGAAAGCAGGAAAGCAGGAUGGACAGUAUGUAGAUGAGGUAAAUGAGCCUCGGGGCUGCACAUGGGUUAAUAGAAAUGGGUUGAUUUGAAUUUAAAAAGGGCUAGCUGGAAACAAGCCUACGCUAGGGCUGAGCAUUUGUGGUUGAUAGUAAGUCCCUGUGUCAGGAUUUUGGGCUGGUGGUCCAAGAAAGCCAGCUACACUCAGGUCUACAAUUGUGCGCUUAAUUCCUUCCUAAUGCUCAAGCGUUUUCCAAUGGGAUCAGCAGGAUAUAAACCAACAUGUAAUUUUCUCUUUAGUUUUUCUUCUUUUAGACUGAAAUGUUCAAAUUUUAUUGUCAUAAACACCAUUUACAUUC